ACUUCCGACCCAGAGGGGCCAAAGCUCCACAUCGGACAGCACACCGGCCGCACCUCUCAGCGGGACGGAAGAAAACAACCCUGACCUUGCCCCCUUCUCGCCCUCUCCACUUCCGAUCCCCGCGUCCGGCUCCGAUCCACCCAAACACCGCACCGCCACGAGCACGUCGUGAGCCGGCGCAGCAGGCGAGAUCCGAGAACACCCUCCUCCCCACCCCUGCAUGGCCGCCGCCGGCCGCAGGUAGAGAGGGCGUGCCGAUCCAGAUCCGGCGGGCGGGCGAGAACGAGAUUUCCCUCCAUGGCGGGCGCGGUGUCGGCGCUGUUCCUGCUGGACAUCAAGGGCCGCGUCCUCGUCUGGCGCGACUACCGCGGCGACGUCUCCGCGCUCCAGGCCGAGCGUUUCUUCACCAAGCUCCUUGAUAAGGAGGACGACGCGGAAGCGCACUCGCCGGUGGUCUACGACGACGCCGGCAUCACCUACAUGUUCAUCCAGCACAACAACGUCUUCCUCCUCACCGCCUCCCGCCAGAACUGCAACGCCGCCAGCAUCCUCCUCUUCCUCCACCGCGUCGUCGAUGUGUUCAAGCACUACUUCGAGGAGUUGGAGGAAGAGUCCCUCAGGGAUAAUUUUGUUGUCGUGUAUGAGUUGCUUGAUGAGAUGAUGGAUUUUGGGUACCCGCAAUAUACAGAGGCGAAGAUCUUGAGCGAGUUUAUCAAGACAGACGCGUACAGGAUGGAGGUCUCGCAGAGGCCACCAAUGGCUGUGACAAAUGCUGUGUCAUGGAGGAGUGAGGGGAUUCGGUACAAGAAGAAUGAAGUGUUCUUGGAUGUAGUGGAGAGUGUUAACAUUCUAGUUAACAGCAAUGGGCAGAUUGUAAGAUCAGAUGUCGUUGGGGCACUUAAGAUGCGAACAUAUUUGAGUGGAAUGCCUGAGUGCAAACUUGGGUUGAAUGAUAGGGUUCUUUUGGAGGCUCAAGGCCGAGCAGCUAAAGGAAAAGCAAUAGAUCUCGAUGAUAUCAAAUUUCAUCAGUGUGUACGUUUGGCUAGAUUUGAUAAUGAUAGGACUAUAUCUUUUGUACCUCCCGAUGGAUCGUUUGAUCUAAUGACAUACAGGCUUAGCACUCAGGUGAAACCUCUUAUCUGGGUGGAAGCGCAAAUUGAGAAACAUUCUAGAAGCCGUAUAGAACUCAUGGUGAAGGCAAGGAGCCAGUUCAAGGAAAGGAGCACAGCAACAAAUGUUGAAAUUGAAAUUCCUGUUCCUUUAGAUGCCACAAACCCAAAUAUAAGAACUUCAAUGGGUUCUGCUGCAUAUGCACCUGAGAGAGAUGCGAUGGUCUGGAAAGUAAAAUCGUUUCCUGGCGGCAAGGAAUACAUGUGCAGAGCAGAAUUUAGUCUUCCUAGUAUAACAGCGGAAGAAGCGGCCCCUGAAAAGAAGGCGCCGGUACGAGUGAAAUUUGAGAUACCAUAUUUCACUGUAUCAGGCAUUCAGGUUCGGUAUCUGAAGAUAAUUGAAAAGAGUGGUUACCAGGCACUUCCCUGGGUUAGAUACAUCACCAUGGCUGGUGAAUAUGAGCUGAGGCUUAUGUGAGUUCUCUCUUUCCUGGCUGAUGGAAGACGUUGAUCAAGCUGCAAGACUCUGAAGAUACAUAUUUGCUUGGUACGCAGCAAAAAGUUGGCUUUGGGACUAGCAUGGAAGUCCUCUACCGAAAAGCUCUGCCAUGCAAGGUUUUUUUCCCCCCGUGGUUUGUUGUUCAUCUUGUUAGGCUUACCUUACCAUGGUUACUGCAAGUUACCCAUCAAGUAUAGUUUUGGAAAAAGAAAACUUUCACUUUUCAGUCCACUUGUAUCAUUAUUGAUUUAAUUUUUGUGGGCACAGAACUUGGAUUUGCUUCUUUCUUUGUACUACACGGAAAAUCUUGAGCUAAUCUGAGGUCAGCGAAAUACUUGUCUUA